GUGUUUGGGAUUUUUUACUAUUUAGAUGAGUAGAGUUGAGUAUUCUGCUUCCAACGAAGAACACAAUAUAGAAGAGAGUACAGGGGAAUUUGAUGGCACUCAUGAUGAUAAUGGUCAAACGCAAAAGAAAAGAGGGCGUGGUUAUGACAAGCCAAAGUGGGGAAAAUCUGGCAAGGAGUCUAUUGCAUUCACAGAGGAUGGAUUGUGCGUUGACCCCAAGGAUGCCCAACUGUCUAGGUACUUAGGUAGCCUAGCAAAAAAUUCAAGGUUUCUUCCCCUCAAGCCUAUAGAUUGGCGGUUGCAUGAUGAUACUACCAUGGAUCAUGUGUGGAAAACAAUAUAUGAUACCAUAGAUUGGCGGCCUGAAGAUGUUCCCAAUAUUCCUAAAAUCCGGCUUGUAAUGUUGCAGAUUGUCUGUGAUAGGUGCAGAAACUAUAAGGCAAGUUUAAAAGCUAAGUAUUACACUCCCUAUGUUGGUUUGCCAGAACGAUUCUUGUGUGGAGAUGAUCGUGUAGAUCGCGACCAAUGGCGGGCAAUGGUUAACUAUUGGGACACUGAUCCAAAAAAUAAAAUGUACUUCUUUAGUUCUACUUAUGCCCAUCAGAUUCACUUUGACAUAGUCUUACCCAUCGUAAUGUGUUUACUUCUUACUUAUGUGUCAGUAAUGCCGUUUUGUUUUCUUGAAGAUAUAUCACCUUGUCAGGUUUCCUUUUAUUCACCUUAG